UUUCUUUUGAAUUGGCUAUUUUGUGUCUACCUUUGUGUCUACCUUUGAUUUGUAAGCAAUUUAAUAUGUUUUGUUUUGAAUUGGCUAUUUUGUGUCUACCUUUGCGUGAGAAACGUUGCUAAUUAAUUGUGCCAUGUAUGUUGCUUAUUACUUCUAAACAGCCAAAGCUAGUAACCAAUCAAUCAAUCAAUUUCCUGGAAAUUGAAUGGGUUACAAUUACAUUUCUGCCUCCUUAUAAAAGGGCAUCUUAUCAUAUAAUCGCGCCAUCAUCUGCAAAUCUUAAAGGACCAACAAUUAUAAAAGCCCAUUGAGCAUAUCAUCACAGAUUCAGUUCAUUAUUAACGGGCUUAGUCCAUUCUGCUAAACAUAAAAAAAGAGCAAAAUAAAUGAAAAUGGGAAUAAAUACACAAUUGUUACGUCAGCAGAAUGGCUUUAGCAGACACUUCUUAUGUAUGGAUAUAGAUUUUCCUGAGGAAGAUGUGCCUUACGAAGAGGAAAUUCUCCGCAAUGCCUAUUCCGUGAAACAUUGGCUGCGCUAUAUCGAUCAUAAAGCCAAAGCACCUAAUAAUGGGGUUAACAUUGUGUAUGAACGUGCCCUUAAAGAAUUGCCUGGUAGUUAUAAAAUAUGGUAUAAUUACUUACGCACCCGUCGACGUCAAGUGCGCGGUCGUUGUCUCACGGAUCCCAUGUUCGAUGAGGUGAAUAACACAUUUGAGCGCGCUUUAGUAUUUAUGCACAAAAUGCCGCGCAUUUGGAUGGAUUAUGGAGCCUUUAUGACAGUUCAGUGCAAAAUUACCCGCACUCGCCACGUGUUUGAUCGGGCUUUACGUGCUUUACCCAUUACUCAGCAUUACCGCAUAUGGCCGUUGUAUUUGAAAUUUGCGCGUAAAUAUGAUAUUCCGGAAACGGCAGUUAGAAUUUAUAGACGUUAUUUGAAAUUGGCUCCGGAUGAUGCGGAAGAGUAUAUAGAAUAUCUGACAAGUGUUAAUAGAUUAGAUGAGGCUGCUCAGCAGUUGGCUAGCAUAGUGGAUAAUGAAAAUUUUGUUUCCAAGUACGGUAAAUCAAACCAUCAGUUGUGGAAUGAGUUGUGUGAUUUAAUAUCAAAGAAUCCGGAUAAAGUGCGAUCGUUGAACGUAGACGCCAUUAUUAGGGGUGGCUUGAGGAGGUACACCGAUCAACUGGGUCAUUUAUGGAAUUGUUUAGCUGAUUAUUACGUACGUUCUGGCCUAUUCGAUCGUGCACGAGAUAUCUAUGAAGAAGCCAUUCAGACUGUACGCACUGUUCGAGAUUUUACUCAAGUUUUCGAUGAAUACGCUCAGUUUGAGGAAGUCUCCUUAAAUAAGCGUAUGGAAAUGGUGGCCAAAGAUCCUAAUGCCACGUCCGAGGACGAUAUUGACGUUGAGUUGCGUUUGGCUCGUUUUGAACAUCUUAUGGAGCGACGUCUAUUACUUUUAAACAGCGUCCUGCUACGCCAGAAUCCUCAUAAUGUUCACGAAUGGCAUAAACGUGUUAAAUUGUAUGAAGAUAAACCGCAUGAGAUAAUCAAUACAUAUACAGAAGCUGUUCAGACAGUGCAACCGAAGCUAAGUGUGGGUAAAUUGCAUACACUUUGGGUAGAAUUUGCAAAAUUCUAUGAAGCCAAUGGUCAGGUUGAAGAUGCUCGUAUUGUCUUUGAACGCGCUACGGAGGUAGAAUUUGUAAAGGUUGAGGAUUUGGCCUCUAUUUGGUGCGAAUGGGCAGAAAUGGAAAUACGUCAGGAAAACUAUGAUCAAGCGCUUAAAUUGAUGCAAAAAGCUACCGCCAUGCCGAAACGUAAAGUUGAUUAUCACGACGAUACAGAAACUGUGCAAAUGCGUUUGUAUAAGUCGUUAAAAUUGUGGUCCAUGUACGCCGAUUUGGAGGAGUCGUUUGGCACUUUUAAAACCUGUAAAGCAGUGUAUGAUCGUAUAAUGGACUUAAAGAUUUGUACUCCACAAAUUAUUAUUAAUUACGGGUUGUUUCUGGAAGAACAUAAUUACUUUGAAGAGGCAUUCCGAGCCUAUGAAAAAGGCAUCGCUUUGUUCAAAUGGCCCAAUGUUUACGACAUUUGGAAUUCGUAUUUAACAAAAUUUCUUAAAAGAUAUGGUGGGACGAAGUUAGAAAGAGCACGAGAUCUUUUCGAACAAUGUUUGGAAAAUUGCCCUCCCGAAUAUGCCAAAUAUUUCUAUUUGCUAUACGCUAAAUUGGAAGAGGAUCACGGUCUAGCUAGACAUGCUAUGGCCGUUUAUGAUCGAGCUACCAGCGCCGUUAAGCCGGAGGAAAUGUAUGACAUGUAUAAUAUAUUCGUUAAAAAAGCAGCAGAGAUCUAUGGAUUACCUCGUACGCGAGAAAUUUAUGAAAAAGCUAUUGAAUGCUUGCCUGAGGAACAUAUGCGCCAGAUGUGCGUGCGUUUUGCUGAAAUGGAAACGAAAUUGGGAGAAGUUGAUCGUGCUCGGGCUAUUUAUGCUCAUUGCUCGCAGGUAUGUGAUCCCCGUAUUACUGCUGAUUUCUGGCAGACUUGGAAAGAUUUUGAAAUACGUCAUGGCAAUGAGGAUACUAUGCGUGAAAUGUUACGCAUUAAACGUUCGGUACAGGCUACCUAUAACACUCAAGUGAAUAUGAUGGCAGCUCAGUUCAUUAAUUCCGCCAACGCUGCCGUUGACUCAAGUAAUUCGGAUGCUAUGCGUUUACUGGAUGCUAAAGCCACCGCUGUAAACGAACAGAAGGAAAGACAAGCGUUGAAAAAUCAAACCUCUUCCAAUAUAAUGUUCGUGCGUGGUGAGACCCAGGGCGCCGGAAGUAAUGGCAAAGUGGUUAAUCCCGAUGAAAUUGAUAUCGGGGAUAGCGAUGAUGAUGCCGAGGAUGAAGACGACGACGACGACGGGGAUCAAAGUAACGCGGAAAAUAUUAAGACCUCAGAAAAAUCAGUAACAACGUGUAAAGAUAUCAAUGAUUUAGUUUUAAAAAAAUUACGAAUCGAGCAGCAGGAAAUACCAGCUAAAGUUUUUGGCGGUUUAAAGGUUAAAAAUCAAUCGGAUGAUGAAGACAUGUUAGAGUAAUUAGGCUAAGAAGGAAACAAAAUUAAGAUUAAAUUAAUAAGAAGCGCAUAACUAGUAUAAGAUGUAAGAGUCAAUAAAUGAUCGGUAGAUAUAAUCGGAAUUACAAUGU